AAUUACCGUCACAUUGUUGUGCUCGUGGUGUGUUUUGGUGUGCAGCCGGCUCCAGCAGCUCAAGCCGUGCCUUUCCUCAACCGUAAUCCAUCAACAGAUCAUCACCGCCAACAAUGAAGAAGGACAAGAAGAAGACACCCAACACCCCCGGCAGUGGCCCAUCAGAGGAGGCUAAAAAAGACUUCCUGGAUCACCUAGAAUUCACCAGUCAGCACAUGCUGUACAAAAGCGGCACACUCUACUUCGUCUACAUCCUCAUAUUCAUCCAGGCACAGUGUAACCCGACGCCUGAGAACUGCGCUCUCAUGUGGACCAUGUGCGAGGUCGGCUUGAUUCAUGGCAUCGUGGCGACUCUGCAUGAGGCUUUUGCGCUGUGGUACAAGGACCAACAGGACAUCGGAAAGAAAAAGGAAAAGGAAUAAGUUCGGCCGCUCUUAAGGUUCGAAACGUCAAGAUACGGCAUCAAAGGUUCCAAUUGCCAGAGUGGAAUUCGUUGCCAGAAAAAUAUUUGCUGUGUACUUAAAGAUCAUUCAAAAGAAAUAAUAAGGCAGAUUAGAUGUACCCUUGUGACAUUGAGAAGAAAAUGGAAAUAUGUCAGGGUUGGACAAGUUUUCUAAGAUUCACUUGUCCUAUCGGGCAAGUACAUAAAAAAUCUACUUGCCCCAAACAAAUUUUCACUUGCCCCAAAUUUAAAUGACUUUUUUCUAUGCAUUUUCACUUUUAGCAACGGCAUAUUUUUAACAAUGCCUCUCUUUUCUUUGCCGACCAAUGUUUGAUGCCUGUAAAAAGCGUGUCAAAACUAUUGGAAAAAUCUUACUUGCCCGAUUGGCAUUUUCACUUGCCCGGAACAAUCGGGCUAGUGGACUUGUCCAACCCUUCAAGUUAAAAAGAUUUGUAGCUCCCAUAACGAAGAAAGUAAAUAAAUUGGUGUACUGUGAUAUUCAGAGGCCUUAUAGUGUGUGCUUAACACUUUGUCUUACAUGAAAUGCCAUCCACCAUGAAGAAUAAAUUUCAAAACAUUUUGGCAAUCUUCUUUUAAAAUGGCGAAAAAUUGGUGUAGCUUUGGAGUAAAAUACUAUGUUUGUUAUAUUUUGUAAUGAAAAAGUAUGUGCGGUUUGUAGUAUUUUGACAAGCUAAUUGUAAUGGUAGCUGACGAUAAAAUGGGUGAAAGGUUGGUUAAGAAGAGACCAAACCUUGUUUAGAAAGCAUAUUUGUCAUUCAAAACGCUGGAUUAUCAUAUUUCUUUAUGGAUAUAUAACAUUAACGUUGUGAGGAUCAAUGUAAUGUAAUCGUAUACUGGUACCAUUAAAUGUUGAGGCAUCAUUUAA